UGAGACCAUUUCAAGACGAUGCGUUACUAAGAUGUCUUGUUUCACAUUUUUGUCUCGUGUCCUGCGACCACCAGCCAACAUACCUGCGGAGUCACCUGACACCUGCAUAAGCCUCAAGUUAAUGCGACUUUGUGGUUUGGUAUCUUCAGAUGCUAAUGGUAUUUAUGCCUUUCAACCUGAUUUAUUUCGUUCUCUGCGCAAGCUGGAAAACCUAGUGGAUGACCAGAUGACAAAGCUAGGGGCUCAGCGUGUUUUGCUGCCCACUCUUGGUCCAAGACACCUAUGGGAGAAAUCUGAACGUUGGUCAAAUAUGAAAAGUAGCUUAUUUAAGCUCAAAGACAGACUGUCCCACGAAUAUUGUUUACAACCGACACAUGAAGAAACAAUUACUAAUUUGGUCGCUUCUCUAAAAUUAACUUACAAGGAUUUGCCCAUUUUAUUGUAUCAGAUAACUAGCAAAUUUCGAGAUGAGCCUCACCCGAAAAACGGUCUAGUUCGCGGACGUGAAUUCUUAAUGCAAGAUCUUUACACGUUUGAUACAUGUGCCGAAACGGCUAAAGAAACUUACAGUCAUGUAAAGACUGCCUACAUGAAAUUGCUAGACAACCUGGAGUUGCCAUAUCUGGUAGCUCGUGCAGAUUCAGGCCAUGUUGGGGGCGAAUUUUCCGAUGAAUUUCACAUUCCUUCAUCCGUGGGAGAAGAUAAAAUACUAGUAUGUCCCAAGUGCUCCGUCGCUUUCAACGCUGAGCUCCAAGAUCAACUCAACCACCAUUCACGAUGCGCACUGAAGUCUUGUCCACAGGCAUUCCAAGAAGUGCAAGGAGUCGAGGUUGCUCAUUGUUUCCUUUUGGGUGAACGGUAUUCAAAGUGCUUUAAUGCUGCUUACCAAUCCCUAACAGGUCAAAGGCUGUUGUACAUGGGUUGUUAUGGUCUUGGAAUAUCACGUCUACUUGCUGUAUCUAUUGAACAUUUGACAAGGACUUCAUUUCCUGAGAAGCCUGUACAUCAGAUUACUCAGCUUCGAUGGCCUGUUCGAAUCGCGCCGUACAGUGGAGCUAUAGCCUUUCAAAAGGAAACCGCCAAAGAUGCGCUCAAUAUACACGAACAGGAGACUAUUCUGGAUACUGUUCAAUGUCAUCCAACAAAUAUGUUGCAAAUGCCCGGUGAUAUUCUCGUGGAUGAUCGGAAGGGAAUCAGUUUGGGUAGGAAGGUCGUCGACCUCAGUCGUCUCGGAAUACCCUUCAUUUUUGUUGCCAAGAGUCAGAAGAAUAGCAUGUAUGAAAUGAUCGAUGUGUACAAGGAAAGAUCAUGUGCAGUUACAAUGGAGCAGGCAAAAACAGCACUCAACAACCCUGGGACAUUUGAUUCAUCCUCACUUCCAUCUUGGAGUUAUCAACGAGAUGAAAGUAUACAAUAUGAAAAAGACUAACUAACUGCAAAUUUAGCAAGUGAAGAAAUGAGUAAUGUAAACUUGUAAACUGUAUAAACUGUACAAAUAAAAUGUGUGCAAUGCAAUAAAAUCCAAAUUUCGUAUUUCACUUUUUCUUCCUUGUCCAUACUUUGCGCCAUACAGACUUCUCAGAUUUCUCA